CACGGAACAGCUGCAGCCUAGGUUCACAUAGAGUUUCACAGCAUUGCGAGUAGUACACAUAUAAUUUCAUCCCAAAACCUAUAGAAUAACUUUCACACUAACCAAAUAUUAAAAUGGUUGAUCGCGAGCAGCUGGUGCAGAAAGCCAGGCUGGCUGAACAGGCUGAAAGGUAUGAUGAUAUGGCAGCUGCCAUGAAAUCGGUAACAGAGCUGAAUGAGGCGCUAUCUAACGAGGAGAGGAACCUCCUGUCUGUGGCCUAUAAGAAUGUGGUGGGGGCCCGUCGUUCCUCUUGGAGGGUGAUCUCUAGCAUCGAGCAGAAAACCUCUUCAGAUGGAAAUGAGAAAAAGAUUGAAAUGGUUCGGGCCUACAGGGAGAAGAUUGAGAAGGAGCUGGAGGCUGUGUGUCAGGACGUGCUCAACCUGCUGGAUAACUACCUGAUCAAGAACUGCAACGAGACGCAGCACGAGAGCAAGGUGUUUUACCUGAAGAUGAAGGGCGACUACUACCGCUACCUGGCCGAGGUGGCCACGGGUGAGAAGAGGGCCACCGUCAUCGAGUCAUCAGAGAAGGCUUACAACGAGGCCCAUGAGAUCAGCAAAGAGCACAUGCAGCCCACCCACCCCAUCCGCCUCGGCUUGGCUCUCAACUACUCUGUGUUUUACUACGAGAUCCAGAAUGCCCCUGAGCAGGCUUGUCAUCUGGCCAAGACCGCCUUCGAUGACGCUAUUGCUGAGCUGGACACCCUGAACGAGGACUCCUACAAAGACUCAACUCUCAUCAUGCAGCUGCUCCGAGACAACUUAACACUGUGGACAAGUGACCAGCAGGAUGAUGAGGGAGGGGAGGGCAACAAAGAUUAAUAAACCACACUUAGGAAAAAUAUAUAAUGAAGGGCCGGUGGGCUUUGGCAGACGCUUUUGCUCGUACCGCAGCAGCAGUUCUUUAUUUUUCCAUGUGUUAAAAGAAAAUAAUCAAAAGAAAGGUGAGGGGAGGUUACAUCUUAGGCUAAAUAUAUAUAUAUAUAUAUAUAUAAAUAGUUGAAAGGGCCUCCGUCUUCUUGAUUUUCUCUUUGACAUUUGCCAAAACCACUGAAAUGUCAGUCAAUCCUGAAGUGGUUGUUGUUGGAUUGGUUUGGCAGUCUCACACUGGCAUAGGGACUGGUGUCGUACCAAGGGAAGCUGCUUAGUUAGGUUUAUGCAUGAUAGAGAUGCAGACACUUGAGGAAGGGGGGAAGUUUGCAAAUAGUUUGCAAUGGUUCCAGUACUAGCAACUCAGCCACUUUUCAACCUCAUAUUCAUUAUCUCAGCACCAAACCAGUGUCUACUUUUGUGAAAAGAGCGCGUUUCUAUGAUCUGUGGUUAAAAAGAUAAGAAGAAAGGUCCUAAAAUAUGAUUCUGUGACAUCACAGGGUAGGAUUUCUAGCCAGAGAUGGGGUCUUUUCUUGCUCCCCACGUCACCGCAAAUCUCAUAGUGUUUGAAAAUCACAUUUUCUUUUGUGAAUUUGAACAUGAAUUAUGCCCCUAUUUAAGAUUACUCUAUUUUUUGUACCCAAUGAUCAAUGAAAACUUGCUCGGUAGGUCUAUGUCCUCAUUGUGGUUUUUACAGACGUGUUUAAUACGUCUUAUUUACACACUUUAUUCAAAUAUUUAUGAAAUGCAUAUUGUUAUAUUUGGUAGCACUUAUUUGUUUUCCUUCGCCUCAACCCCUUUCGAUGCGUGGAACGGAUGUGGGUGGGGCUAGGUCUACAUAAGGGUGCUAAUUAAAAAAACUCACAAAAG